AAAACUCACAACAAAUCCAGUCGACGUUGCUUGCAGAAGCAUGGAGGGUGAGCCCAUCUCGGCCCUGUGCACGCCUGCUCUGGUGGUGGACGUGGACAAAGCGAAGCGAAAUGCCCAGAGGAUGAUCGACCGCUACCAGAAACUUGGAGUCCAGCUUCGCCCGCACAUGAAGACCCACAAAACCCUUGAGUGUGCUGACAUCAUGACGGGCGGAUCACGGAGGAGCAUUGUGGUUUCUACACUUGCAGAGGCCUGUUUCUAUGCCGACCAUGGAUUUGAUGACAUCCUCUAUGCAUAUUCUCUUCCCUUUGAUAAGGUGGAGCGUUGUGCAGCCCUGUCAGAGAGACUGGACCUCUUCCAGGUUCUACUGGAUCAUCCUGAUGCUCUGGAGCAGCUCAGAAAAAGGCCAUUGAGAGACGGUCGGCAGUGGCACGUCUGGAUGAAACUGGACUGUGGCAACGGGAGAGCUGGCGUCCUGCACUCGGAGCCUGAGGCGCUCAGACUGGCUCAAGCCAUCGCUAAGACGGAGGGCGUGGAGCUGACAGGUGUGUACGCCCACUGUGGAAACACCUACAACUGCAGAGGAGUGGAGCAAAUACAGGCUGUCGCCCAGGAAACCACCGACUUCACACUGCAGUUCAUGGAGAAACUGAAGGCUGUUGGUAUCAGCUGUAAGUCCAGCAUCGGCUCCACUCCGUCCUGCAGUCAUCCGGUCAAGGACAUGGCACAGCUGAGCGAGGUGCAUCCUGGGAACUACGUCUUCUAUGAUGUGCAGCAGUCUACGAUCGGCUCGUGCUCUCUGGAGGACGUGGCUGUGAGGGUUUUGACCAGAGUCAUCGGACAUUGUCCACACAGGAACCAGCUGCUGACUGACUGUGGAUGGACUGGAAUCAGUUUGGACGGAGCUGGAAAACUUCCCACUGGAUACGCUGUGAUCGAAGGGCAUCCAAACCUCAAGUUGGCGUCUAUGACCCAGGAGCACGGACGAGUGGAGCCCAUCUCAGGACAGCUGGACUACAGCAGAUACCCGCUGGGCUCUCUGCUCACACUGAUCCCCUACCACGCGUGUGCAGCAGCUGCGAUGCAUCCUGUGUAUCACGUGCACUCUGGGGGUCUUCUGGUGGGGAAGUGGACGCCCACUCGCGGGUGGUGAUCGACCGUUCAACAGCUGGUCACUUGUUUAUGGUUGAACUUGACAGCAGAGGAGGAAGCAAGCGAUGACAUCUGUAGUUAAAGCUGUAUAAAACUAUGGUUGAAGAGUAUUCACUGUAUCUGUCCUCUUCUUUGUCCCCUAAGUUUGUGCACUUACUCUAUUUCAGUACCACUUUUUUAACUAAUCCUGGAUACAGAUUAGACAGACUUGUUCCCUGAUCGUUUUAUAUGAAGGAAGAAAUGAAGUGUAAAAAAAGAAAGAAAGCAUUUAAAUUUUCAAAUAAAUGACGACUUUAGCA